AUGGACCCUCCAGAAGAUCAGAAAAAUAAACUGAAAGAAUUCCGCAAAGCCCAAAAAUUGGAAAAUAAUACAACAUAUGUAGGAGAAUGGGUAGGCGAGAAAAUGCACGGUAAAGGAAUACUAACAUGGCCAGAUGGUUCGAAAUACGAAGGUUUUUUCUAGGAAGGAAAAAGGGCAGGAAGAGGUAGAUUUACAUCUUCAGAAGGCGAUAUUUAUGAAGGGGAAUGGAUAGAUAAUAAGGCUCAUGGAUAUGGUGUGUAAUAUACACAGAUAUCGACUUAUAAAGGGGAUUGGAAAGACGAUUUAUAGUGGGGUUUUGGUGAAGAAGAGUGGAUAGAUGGAAGCAAGUAUAAAGGGGAGUAUAUAGAGGGGAAAAAAUGCGGAAAAGGGAUUUUUAUAUGGUUUGAUGGAACUUAGUUUUAAGGGGAAUUUUAAAAAGGGGGGAUCACUGGAUUCGGUAAAAUGAUAUAUUGUAAUGGAAAAGAAUAUGAAGGAGAGUUUUGGGAAGGAAAACUACAUGGAAAAGGCUGCUUUAAGUGGCCAGAUGGAAAGAAAUAUAUAGGAGAAUAUUUUUAUGAUAAAAAAUAAGGGAGAGGCGCUUUUUUAUGGCCAGAUGGAAGAAAAUAUGAUGGUGAAUGGCUGGAUGGAGUUUAAAAUGGAAUUGGAUGGUUUUUCGAUAAAGAUGGGAGCGUUAAAUAAGGAAUUUGGGAUAAUGGAGUUAGAAUUAAAUGGAUUGAUGACUACAAUGAAAAUCAAUAAAAUAUAUAAAAAUAAGAUACAGUUAAUUAAUAAAUAUAAUUUAAAUGA